AUGAAUAAUGAAAACUCUACACCACCAGCUCCUAAAAUCAUGCGUCCCGGUCAUGUUGUCGAUAAAUGGAGAGUUAAAGCGUUAUUGGGAAAAGGAGCAUGUGGUGUUGUGUACAAGGUAGAAGACAAAAACCGGAAAGGAUACUGUGCAGCAAUGAAGGUGGAAUACGACUCACAGGAAUUCGACCGCACUCUACAAAUCGAAGUACACAUACUAACCAAAUUGAAACAGUCGAAGGACGUGUUGAAUAUUAUUGAUUGCGGCAAAAGAAAACACUAUACAUACAUGGUAACAACUUUAUGCGGAAAAGAUCUUAUGGCUCUCAAAUUGAAGAUACAGCGUGGAUUCAAUGAUACAACUGUUAUGCGCGUUGCUUUAUUCACUCUUUAUGGACUAAAGCAGUUACAUGAAGUUGGAUUUGUCCAUCGUGAUGUAAAACCGGGGAACAUUAUGACUGCAGCUAAUCGUGGUCAUGAUUCCCGAUUUCUCAUUUUGAUUGAUUUUGGAAUGGCUAGAUCUUUUGUAAUCACCGGUGACGACGGUCGGAAGAAGCUGCGUCCAAUGAGAAGGAAGAUUCCUUUGAGAGGAACUGUUCGAUACUGUUCUAUGAAUGUACAUGAACGUACCGAACAAGGGCGAAGUGAUGACCUCAUAGCCAUGAUCUAUACGAUAAUUUUUCUGACUAUUGGCUUGCCGUGGGCCCAGAUCAAAAAUGAGAACGAAAUCAUGUCGAUGAAAAAAUCAACGAAAGAUGCGACAUUAUUCGAGUUGAUGACUGCGAUCAACAGAUUGAAAAUCAACUUCCUGGAUCCUUACGAAUGGGAAGACGAGGAAAUUGAAAAAAUGGCGAAGGUUGAGCAAGAAGAAAAGGAAGAGAAAGAAAAAGAGAAGCAAAGGGAGAAGGAAAUGGAGAAGAAAAAAGAGAAGGAGAAAGAAAAUGAGAAAGAAAAAGAGAAGGAAGAGGAGAAGAAAGUGGAUAAAGAAAAAGAAUAUGAAAUGGGAAAAGAAAAGCAGAAAGAGAAUGAUCUGAAAAGUGGCCAAAUGGAAACAGCCAAAUCUGCCAAGUCUACAGAUGGAGUGUUCGGAGAAGCGGAUGAAGAAAAAAAAUUGAAAGUCAAAACCUCUGAUGAGCAACAGAAAACUUCAAAUGUGGACAUUUGUAACAAGCUGCACAGUGCAAAAGAUCUAGCUAGUAGUCACUCUGAUGCUAAUGAAAACUCACAGAUGGGCAGUGUUACGAAAACCGGAGAUCCUGUUCCGGGGCACGUGAACGACAUGGAAACUGCUAUCGACUACGAUCAGUCCGAAUACAGAACGAAAAAGGCUUUACCAAAAGAAGAAUUACAGUUUGUCGUUUACCCGGCCAUUGCUCCUAACAACUUCACUGAGGUCAUAAUUCCUUUUUAA